AUGGUUGUGGACGUAUACCACCAUAACCUACCUAAUGUUCGAAAAUCAGAAAUUCAGAGUGAACUAGCCAAACGUUAUAAUUGUGAUCCUAAGGCCGUCAUGCUUUUUGGCUUUCGAACUGUUUUUGGUGGUGGUAAGUCUACUGGAUUUGCUCUGGUGUAUGAUUCAGUAGAUGCUUUGAUGAAGUUUGAACGCAAAUAUCGUCAAGCACGUUUUGGACUUAUAGAACAUAAGAGAAUGGCUCGUAAGAGGAUUAAAGAAACUAAAAAUCGUUGUAAGAAGUUUAGAGGCAAAAAGAAGGCUGAAGUUUUUGCGUCAGCAAAGAAAUAA